CAUGGGUCGAUGGCGGUAUUGCCCCGCCGUGUAGUGUAGCAUCAGCCGCCCAUGCGUGUUCCCGACAGGCUACCGAAUCAAAAACCACCACAUCAAGCAGCAGGCUGCGUAGAAACAAUGUUUCAAAGGCCGAGAGAUAGACCUUCCACAACCCGAGUCUCUCCAUCAAAGGGCUAAAAUGAUACCGAGGCAGAGGUACCGGGUUGCGACACCUUCUAGAGCCCCGUUCCUCCCAUGAUGCCAGACCGCAGUCCCCAGCAUGAGCAGCAGCAGCACCAGCAGCACCCAGAGCCCCCCCGAUCCCGAUCCUCGUCGCUCGUCUUCAUCCAGAAUCGCCUCCGCCGCCUGAGGUCCGCGCCCGAGAAGAGGGAGCUCGCCGAGCUGCCGGUCGAUGUUCGCGGACCCCUCGGCCUCAACCUCCUCCACGAGCCGUCCGAGCCAUGCAUUGACUUUAUCUUCAUCCACGGCCUGGGAGGAGGUUCCAGGAAGACAUGGAGCCACGCUCCUGGUCGCGGCUUCUUCUGGCCGAAGGAGUGGCUGCCUUCGGAAACGGGGUUCAAGCACGCGCGCAUCCACAGCUACGGAUACAACUCGGACUGGGCCGGAAGCAAGCGGAGCAACCUGACGGUCCAUGACUUUGGCCAGGCGUUCUUGGCCGACAUGUUGAACGCGCCGAGCCUGCGCAAGAAUGGCGACACCCCGAUAGUAAUCGUCGCCCAUAGCAUGGGCGGCUUGGUUGCGAAGAAGGCAUAUCUCCUUGCGACAAGAGACCCGAUAUACGAGGGCAUUGCCCGACGUGUCCACUCCAUGUACUUCUUGGGGACUCCGCACCGAGGCGCCUCCGCAUGCCAGCUUCUCAAGACCUACCUAACUGCCUCAGUCGGUGCCGGUGAGAAGGCAUUCAUAGACCAGCUUCUGCCAGGGUCAGAGGUUCUUCAGACAAUAAACGAGGAGUUUCGACACGUUUGCAAGAAUGUGAAGAUGUGGUCUUUCUUCGAGGGCCAACCGACUAGUGUUGGGCUACGAUCAUUAAUCAUCGUCGAUAGGGAGUCGGCCGUGAUCGGUCUACCUGACGAGCAUGUCCAGUUCCUUAACGCUGACCAUCGCCAUGUCUGCAAGUUCGAGAGCCCGGCGGAUCCUAAUUACAUCACGUUGCAGCGGUGUUUUCUGACGACCAUUGACGACAUCGAGCGAGGGGCCAUUUUCCGCCGACAGGACGAGUACAAGGCCCAGAUGAGCAUCGUUUCGAGCAUCUUGGAGGUUGACCAGAGACCAGAGGCAGAACUCCUGCUGGUCACGGAGAAGCAGCAGCAAGGGUCAUGCCAGUGGCUGACAAACCACGAGAAGUUCCAAGAAUGGCUCGACGGCCCUAACGAGCUUGCCCCAGUCAGUCCGGGCAAGAAGUCCAUGCAAAAUCACUGUCGGCGGCUGUUCUGGCUCAACGGCAGACCGGGAACAGGGAAGACUGUUUGCGCGGGACACAUUGUCAGGUAUCUCGACGCUUGCAACGUGGACUGUUCUUUCUACUUCUUCAAACACAGCGACAAGGAGAAAUCCACGGUCUCAGAGCUCCUGAGGUCGUUGGCAUUCCAAAUGGCCGCUUCUAAUUUCGAGGUUCGCCAAGUACUACUCGCAAUGGCUCACGGCAACGAGCGCGUUAGCAAAGAUGACCACAACAUGAUCUGGAACAGCCUUUUCCUGGGGAGGCUUCUACGGCUUGACUUCUCCCAACCCCAAGUCUGGGUCAUCGACGCUCUCGACGAGUGUUCUCAUAAAGGGCUCGCAACCCUCGUUCAGAUGCUUUCCAAGAUCGACAGUCGCGCCCGUCUGCGAAUUUUCGUGACGAGUCGGCCCGGUGGGCAUGUCGAGAGGCUGUUGAGGCAGGAUACAGCACCUGUAAUCGAAGUCCCGGUCGAGGCAGAGAACUCCCUCGGGGACAUUGAACUCUUCAUCAAAACAAGAUGGCCCCAUGUGGAGAACCGUCUUCUGGUGUCGGAGGUCCUUUCGAAAUCGAACGGGAUCUUCCUUUGGGCUUCUCUUAUCAUGACCCGAAUGGAGGAGGCUUACAGUAUCGAAGACAUGGAGGAAGUCAUUCGACAAGUUCCUUCCGAGAUGAACGACUUUUACUCCAGAAUCGUCGAGACCUUAGCGAUAUCCCAGAGUGCCGAGAUUGCCAAGUGUAUCCUGAAAUGGGUUAUAUGUUCGCCGCGGCCGCUGACAACAGACGAGAUCAAGGAAAUCGUGAGACUCGAUAUCAACAGAACUUUGACAACUUCUGACAGGCAACUGGAGGCUCUCUGUGGUCAUCUGAUCUUUGUUGAUAAGAUGGCUCGGGUCCAGGUCCUCCAUCAAACGAUAUCUGCGUAUUUGACGCAAGAUUCGCGGUCAGAGGGUGUGGUUAGUCGUGAAGGUCAGUCAUCGACUUUCAGGAUCGCCCGGGCUGAAGCGCACGCUCGGGCUGCUGAGCUGUGUUUGAUACAGUUAGCUGGAAAGGAGUUGUCACCACCUAGGACUCGACGGGCCCCUACUCCCGGUACUCAGCCCAGGGUCUCGCUUUUCUUAGAGUACUCUCGUACGUACUUUGCUCACCACCUAGCCCGGUCCUCGGCGGCGCUUGAUUCUCCCCUCCUGCUCCUCAGCGGCUUCCUGAGGACGAACAUCCUGUCGUGGAUCGAAAUAACCGCCAGAACCGGAAGCCUGUCUCUCCUGACCAAGACGGCAGAGAACUUGAGAGCAUAUCUUGGACGACGAGCAAAGUAUCGGCCGCCUCUGGGAUCAGACGUGAAGUUAGUGGAGGACUGGGUCAACGACCUGAUCCAUAUUGCCGUGGCCUUCGGGCCCAACCUCCUCGACUCGCCUUCCGCAAUCUACUUUCUAGUGCCACUUCUCUGCCCACUAGCCUCCAUCAUCCACAAGCAAUGCGCGAAACCGUCAAAGGCGCUCAAGGUCUUGGGUUCUUGCGAAGAGGAUUGGGACGACAGAUUGUCCUGCUUCGUAUACCCCACGGAUGCUCUUUCCGUGGCCACUUGUAGCCAAUUCCUUGCCGUCGGUCUGGCCAACGGCGACAUCGUCUUGUACGACAGCGAAAACUUUGAAGUCACAGCCACCCUCAGCCACGGCCAGCAAGUCAGGCAUGUCGCUUUUGGUACACUGUCUUCCGUUCUUGCAUCAUGCAGUCCACGGAGACUUAAGCUGUGGAGCAAGGAGCACACCUGCUUAUGGACUGCCAACCUCGACACCAUCCCCUUGGACCUUACUUUCGGCUCCGACGACUCCGAGCUAUUUCUGCCAAACAGGGAAAGCAGCGUGAGCGUCUUCAGCACCGCCGACGGCUCUCCAGCAGAAGAGCUAGUUUUGCAUUCGACGUCCGACUCGGAUUCCUCGGAUGGGGAGAACCAGGCUGGCAACUGGGUGCCACCGUCUCUCAUUCGAAUCUGCCCAGCCCAACAACUGGCAGCUCUACUCUACCGAAGCUCGACCAUUACAAUAUGGGACACGGAGCGCGGCGAGAAGCUCGGAAUCUUCGAAAAGGACGGCUGCGAAGACGUCUACGGAGCGCCCCAAGCGCUGGACGCCGUCUUCAACCCCGUCUCCGAACUCGAACUGCUCGCAAUCGCAUACAAGGACGGGGACCUCGUCACAUGCAACCCCUGGACGCUGGAGCAGGUGUGCCUAUACGAGAUCUCGGUGCAGGUCCUCGCCGCCUCCCCCGACGGGCGGACGCUCGCGACGGGCGACAACCUCGGCGUGAUCCACCUCUUCUUCUUCGAGACGCUGCGGCCAAUGUACCGGAUAACGGCGCUCGAGGACCGCAUGAUGGGGAUCGUGUUCGCGACGGACGGCCUCCGCUUCUUCGACGUGCGCGGCGGCGCCUGCAACGUGUGGGAGCCGUCGGUCCUGGUGCGCAGGGGGGCGGGCUCCGACGACAGCUCCUCGGAGCCGCUGAGCGAGGAGCUGCCGCCGCAGUAUGUCGCCACGGCGUCCGCCAGGAUGCUCGAGGACGCGCGCGUCAUCGCUACCACGGCGCAGACCGCCCGGGGCGAUUACCUGUUCUGCGGGCGCGGCGAUGGCACCGUCGAUGUCGUUGAGCUGGCGACCGGAGUCGCCGUCGAGACGCUCGCUCAUCAUGCCAAGGGAGUCUCGAUAUCUCAUCUGGAAUGGAACGACGAGAAGUCUCUGCUUGUCAGUGUGGACUUGUCGAGCCGCUUUAUCAUAUCAAACUUCUCGGCCGCGCCAGGUCCCAAGUCAAGGUGGGAGAGGGUUGGCUCGCAGAUUGAUUGCAGAGUCUCGGGAACUGUCUCACAGGUUCUGGUGGCCCCGGAUGGCUCGCGAGUUUUGAUCUCGACCGCCAGCGAAGACGAACUCAGAGACACAGCUAAUGGUUGUGUCCUGAAGAGUGAGCCAUCGCCGGGACCGAAUAGGGGCUGGAUGACGCACCCGACGGAGCCGUCAUGGCUCAUUCUCUCCCAUAGCGGAUCGUUACAUAUCUACGAGUGGGCUUCGUUGAGCCGUCUUACACCGGCAGCUGGUCUCUCACUAUUAGCCAGCAACCCGGGACCUCUACCUCCCUUCUGCGGAACAUGGUUCUCUAGAGCCGGGUCACCAUAUCUUGCUACUCUUCUUGGGGCUCCAAAUGACAGACGACGUCAGCUGGUGCUUGUGAACGCCUCCAAGAUCCAGCUCUCGGAAACCGCCAUUGCCGUCGAGGCCCUGAAGGGUCAGCUCUGCGGAGGCAUGAAACUCCCGCUCGGUUUCUUCAAGUCGUCAUUCUUCUUCCUCGACAUGAAGGGAUGGGUCUGCUCUGUUGGCCUGAAAACGGGCGUAGAUCCAAAGUUUUACACGCGGCACUUCUUCAUACCUCGGACGUGGCAGUUUGGGUCGGAUUUGCUCAUCAGAGUCGUGUCCAGGUCUAGCGUCGUGUUUGCGCAUCGCGAUGACCUUGUUGUCUUCCACGGGCUCCUCGACCUUGAGGAGAAAGUACUGAUCGGGGAUGGAGAUUGAUUAGUAGGGUGAUGGAGGAUCUAGAGUAGACGAGCAACUCAUAGGUUUAUUGCACGACUUUGAUGAUAUAUGUGGAUGUUCAACGGCUUGGUGGCUCGUGAAUCUAUCUGGUUGGCUAGUCUCUAAACCGUCUAUGAUUACUUGUCCGCCGGAGGACUUUUGAUAAAUUUGUAGCCAUCCUAGCAUGCUCAUUUGCAUCACAUAUACUCCACUGCCCAGCCAGACAAGUGAUAAUCAUGGCGGUUAAACCUGCAAGUUGAUUGGUGGUCACAACCCAGUUUUACUCGCCAGACCACCACAAUAGUUGGCUGCACCGACGACGAUUAAUUUGAGCCAAAGCCAUAGCAGG